GCACGGCUCCAGCGCACCGCGACGCACAGCCACUGCCAGCGCAAGACUCGCUCCCGCUCCGGCCCUCCUCCAGCGCUGCCUGAGCCGCUGUUUGAUUGGAUUACAGGCGGCUAGCCUUUGCCCUCUAACCCCGCUGAUGUUGGCUCGCUGCUUCCUGCUCCUUUCGCUAUCCUGACCGACUGUCGAAGACCGCCGAAGCCGCUCGGAGAGGCGCUGUGCGCGGACACCACCGACAGCACGAGCCGCUGUAGCGCAGCCAGACUUUAGCUCACAGGAAGCCGCUAAGCACACACGAGCACAGGGAUAGAAACUGGGGCAAGCAUGCGGAGGAAAUCGAGGAUAUUAUUAUGUUUUGCGGUGCUCUGGGUGUUGGGGAUUGCCUACUACUUCUAUUCGGGGACAGCGUUGAGUCGGAAGGAUGAUUGGAGCUCCAGUGACUCACUCAGUAAAAACAAAUUGCACAGUUCAGACGACAAGAACAAUGUGCUUGAAACACUACCACCAGGUAAAGUGCGGUGGCAGGACUUCGACCAAGACUUAUAUGUUGGAGCCACAGUGGUCCGACCAGGACAGGACCCCUACGCGAGAAACAAGUUCAACCAAGUAGAAAGUGACAAACUGCGUAUGGACAGAGCAGUGCCUGACACAAGACAUGACCAUUGCAGACAUAAACAGUGGAAAACUGACUUGCCAGCUUCCAGUGUUGUCAUCACUUUUCACAAUGAGGCACGCUCUGCUCUGCUACGGACAGUGGUCAGCGUCUUGAAGAAAAGUCCGUCCCAUUUGGUUAAAGAGAUCAUUUUGGUGGAUGAUUACAGCGAUAACCCUGAAGAUGGAGCAUUGCUGGGCAAGAUUGAGAAAGUGCGCAUAUUGAGGAAUGACCGCAGAGAAGGCUUGAUGCGUUCCAGGGUCCGAGGAGCAGACGCUGCCACUGCCCCAAUCCUCACUUUCUUGGACUCUCACUGUGAAUGUAACGACCACUGGUUAGAGCCGCUGCUGGAGAGAGUGGCUGAGGACAAAACUCGAGUAGUUUCCCCCAUCAUAGAUGUCAUCAACAUGGACAAUUUCCAGUAUGUGGGAGCCUCUGCAGAUUUAAAAGGAGGAUUUGACUGGAAUUUGGUCUUUAAAUGGGACUAUAUGACACUGGAGCAGAGAAGAGCCCGACAAGGCAACCCCAUCGCCCCGAUAAAAACUCCCAUGAUAGCGGGCGGUCUCUUUGUCAUGGAUAAGGAGUACUUUGAGCAGCUGGGAAAGUAUGAUAUGAUGAUGGAUGUCUGGGGAGGAGAGAACUUAGAGAUCUCAUUUCGAGUGUGGCAGUGCGGCGGUAGCCUGGAGAUCAUCCCCUGCAGUAGAGUGGGACAUGUCUUCAGGAAACAGCAUCCGUACACGUUUCCAGGAGGCAGUGGCACUGUGUUUGCAAGGAACACGAGAAGAGCUGCUGAGGUGUGGAUGGAUGAAUUUAAAAACUUCUACUAUGCUGCUGUUCCCUCUGCCAGAAAUGUUCCCUAUGGAAACAUACAGAGUCGCCUGGAGAUGAAAAAGAGACUGGGCUGCAAACCCUUUAAGUGGUACCUUGAGAAUGUCUACCCUGAACUACGGGUCCCAGAUCAUCAAGACAUUGCUUUUGGAGCGUUGCAGCAGGGAGGAAACUGUCUGGACACUCUCGGUCAUUUUGCAGACGGAGUUGUUGGUGUUUAUGAGUGCCACAACGCAGGUGGCAAUCAGGAAUGGGCUCUGACCAAGGACAAGUCUGUCAAGCAUAUGGACCUGUGUCUUACUGUGGUGGACAGAACUGCAGGCUCCUUAAUCAAGCUGCAGGGAUGUCGAGAGAAUGACAGUCGACAGAAAUGGGAGCAGAUUGAGUCAAAUUCGAAGCUUCGUCAUGUAGGCAGUAACCUGUGCUUGGACAGCCGCAGUGCCAGGAUGGGAGGACUCACUGUGGAGGUCUGCGGGCCCAGCCUCAACCAACAGUGGAAGUUCACUCUGAAUUUACAAUCGUAGGGGCGGACAGAAUUAUAGAUUUUACAGGGAAAACUGGACAGUGAUGCCAGCAGACGAAAGAGGGAUAAAGACUCGAACUGUUGACUCUUUCACCUCCUCGGGGGUGGGACUGAGGUAGAGCCAACCCCCCCAAAGGGCCACCCAGGAGCCCACAGGAGGACUGAUUAUGGGAUCAUGGAUAAAAAGAGCUGUGGAAGACAGUGAUGUGGACAAUGGAGAUGCUUGCCAUCCAAACUACAUACCUCAGUGUCUUCAUAGGUGGUUGAAAAGAAAAUUAUGAGUAAAUAUUUUGUUUUUACUUUUUUCAAGAAAUGAGGUUUUUACUUUAUUAUUAUUUCAUGUUAGUACAAAGUGUUUUUUUCUAAUUUCAGACAUUUAGGGUUUUUUAUUUUUAUAAUUCCUCUUACAUCUGUUCAUGUACUAUACUACAAUACUUCUUCAGGUCACACAAAAAAGUGCAAAAUGGGCUGCAAAGUGGAAUUUGGCUUGGUUCUUUGUUCUUUACAUAAUUAUGAACAGUGUUCCUCUGCAGGUGUGUGUUGGCGGCCCUCAGUGUGGGCCCAAAGUCGGUACGGGACACAGUGUCCGGAUUUAAAACUGCUUUUGUUUUUCUUAGAUUUCUGUCUGUGGCACUGGCUGCUACAGUAACAUAAUUUCAUCAUUGUAUUUCUGUAUAAGUGUAGGCAAUCAAUAAUCACCUUAAUAUCAGUUCAUAAUAUAACCGUAAGGACUAAAAAAUCAUGAUCAUGAUUAUUUUAAAAGUAAAAUUAAUAUGUACUCUAAAAAAGUAAACCUUUUUGUUUCAUCUGGCCAUUUAUGUCCCGUUAAUAACAUAACUUUACCUUUCAGUAAAUUUGAUUUUGGAAAGCUGGCCAAUGACAGUGUGAAUGAAAGAAAAAAAGAUUUCUGUUGUUUGGUCAUGGUGUCACUGAUCGUGAAUAAUGGUAAAAAACUUUGUUUCUUGUCACAAACCUUAACACUAAUUUUAUAUCAUGACAUGACAUCCCUAUUUAAAAGACAAAAUCUGUUUUGUUUGAUCCCUUGUACUAAAGACAAAACCAAACUAAAAAUGGGUGGUGUGGGAUUCAAUGAAGUUGCAAGCACUGACUGAAGUUUUUACAUAACUUGACAUAAUUUGUUAAAUGUACUUAAGAAUAGUUGUACCAUGAUUUCGAUUCCUCAGCUGCUCUCGUCGUUGCUUGUCUCAGUGACUCAGUGAUAAUGUAAAGAGGAGGACAGGAGUAUUUGGUUGCACAGUAAAGCGUUGCUUUCUGCAGCUUACAGUAUAAACUCUGUAAUGUCAGCAUGCAUUUCUUUUUUAAAUGCAUGUUUCUACCCCAUGUGUUUCCAUCGUUCCUGCUUGAUGAGCCUUCUGUUUGCAAACUGUAUCAAACAUGGUUUAACUGUCUGCUUCCAAUCCUUUUGUUUGCACAAACGGUUGCUGAGUUAUACAUUCAGUUGCACACUUUUUUGGGCAGACAGAUGUGUUUACCAACAGCAUAGUGCCAUUUUAUGAGUAGGCCUGUUUGACAUUACUUUAAUUGUGUCUUACUUUAGCUUUGCAGCAAAACAACACCUGUACAUUGUUUUACUUCACUAAACGGUUUUUGAACAGGGCUAAGCCCAAUACUGACGAGGACAGCUGGUCAUGUUUGUAGCUGUCUGAUGGCUCAGGUUGGCCAGUGUUUCACUUCCUUUCACCCAGGUCUUUUGUAAACAGAGUGUCCCAAAUGGAGAAUCUGAUUGGACAGCCUAUCCUGUGACUUGAUAGGUGUGCUGUGCUAUGGUCAGUAGCCGUAGUGACACUGAUUUUGUGUGGGUCGUCAACAGCGGGAAAGGUACUUAAAACCGAAAACCUGUUACUGUCGGCUCAUGUAAUAAACUUCAGGCUGUGUCAUUUCAGCAGUUAGAUUAAAUUUAGAUGUGCUAAUUUAAAGGCAGUAGCUUUUGUUUAUUAUGCUAUUGGGUAAUUAAGUCCUAUUGGAAAACUGAUGUCUUGGCAAUCUUCACUGUGAAAAACAACUCCAUAGUUUGAUUUUUAAUGUUCUUGGGAAUAUAAAUGUGGGUUCAGGACUGUUCUUGAGGUGUAAAAAAUGGGAAAUAGCCUUGUUGUCAUUCUUCACUUUAAGGAGAUUCCUGAUCAUAAACAUAGGCCACUAUCCUCUGAGUAGCCAUGGCAAUACAUUUUUCAAUACAUUUAAAGCCUUUUGUUUUGAAAAAGUCUUAUCUAAUUAUGUUUUAUUUAAAAUGUACAAGAAUGGUGACUGUAAUGACUUACUGAGGGCCUCAUUUUGAUUCACUAAUUAAAUGUUUACGUCUUUUAAAAAA